AUAAGAUGAUUUUAUUGAAUAGAUGCAUUUAUAUAAAGGGACUUACAAUAUGAUGUGCUUUAAUAUGGUAUAUGUGCUCUGUUUAUUUGGUUUUAGAAUUGGGAGUUUUGUAGAAUAAGCAGGUAGGCUUGACUGAGUUCAAAUUUUCUUACCAUUACACUUCUAUCUGCUCUUCUUUCAAUAACUGUUGAAAGUUUUAUACUCUUUGGGAGAUGAGGAUAUGGAUAACUCUACAAUGAACUUCACAACACCUGAGGCAUCUUCAACUUCCUCAAAUCAGCUCAUUGGACUAGUGGACAUUUUGGAAAUGUGUGCAUACAGCUUCUAUUUUCUGUUUGGUCUUCCUACACACUCCUAUGUUACAUGGCUCAUCAGCACAGGAACAGGAAGUGGAGUUGCAUCAGAGUUCUUCAUGCUCAAUCUCUCUGUUUGUGAAAUUGUAAACUCUCUGAAUGGUUUGAUCUUUGUAUUGUCGGUUUGGUUUGCAAGUUUGUUGACAUUAGAAACUUUUUUAAUAGGACUAACCAUCACUGGUCGUCCAGCAUUUCAGUGUCUGAUGUGUGUUGAGCGUUACCUGGCAGUGGUUCAUCCUGUAAACUUUCUAAAGUUCAAACCUCUCAGAUAUAGAGUGAUCUGCUGCACUGCGGCCUGGAUUGUUUCUCUUGGCUCCUGUUUGUGUAGCAUGUCUACUUUACUCUCACAAAGUAUUGUACAAAUAUGGUUUAUGACAGUGCAGCUGGUAUUGGUACUCUCCAUCCAGUUGUUUUGUCUUGUGGCUGUUCUCAGAGCUCUGAAGCAGUCAGGACCAGGAGAAAGAGGGAAAAAGAGGGUGGAGGAAAACCACAUGAAGAGAAGAGCGUAUCAUCUCAUUCUAAUAACUACUGUAAACUCAGUGAUCCUAUAUGUCCCGUUUGCAAUCACAGCAUUAUUUACCAUUCUGUCAGGAAAUAAUAUUAAGGCACUCUGGAUAACCUGUUUGAUUUUGUAUGUGCUGGGUGGUUUUGUGCAACCUGUUCUUUAUUUGCAGCACACUGCAAAACUGUCCUGCCUCUCUGCUCUGUAAAAUAACUGCAUUUUUUUUUUCAGUUGUGGGUUAGAAUUAGUAGUUAUGAUUGUUUUCAUGAUUGGGAUUCCAUAUAUUUAUGACAUGUCUGUGCUGAAUUAAAAAGCCUAAUUUGUGUGGUAUAUUGCUGCAUCAGAAGCAGCUUCUAUCCUGUAAGUUCUGUUUUGCACUACUAGUUGUUGUAAGUCGUUGCUAUUAGCUUGUUAUUCCAAUAAAACUCAUCAUCAGUGACUUACAAAUAUC